GGGCCCCCGAACGAGGCCGAGAUGACUUCCAAGGAGGACGGCAAGGCGGCGCCGGGGGAGGAGCGGCGGCGCAGUCCGCUGGACCACCUGCCUCCGCCUGCCAACUCCAACAAGCCACUGACGCCGUUCAGCAUCGAGGACAUCCUCAACAAGCCGUCUGUGCGGAGAAGUUACUCGCUGUGCGGGGCGGCGCACCUGCUGGCCGCCGCGGACAAGCACGCGCCGGGCGGCUUGCCCCUGGCGGGCCGCGCGCUGCUCUCGCAGACCUCGCCGCUGUGUGCGCUGGAGGAGCUCGCCAGCAAGACGUUUAAGGGGCUGGAGGUCAGCGUUCUGCAGGCAGCCGAAGGCCGCGACGGGAUGACCAUCUUUGGGCAGCGGCAGACCCCUAAGAAGCGGCGAAAGUCGCGCACGGCCUUCACCAACCACCAGAUCUAUGAAUUGGAAAAGCGCUUUCUAUACCAGAAGUACUUGUCCCCCGCCGAUCGCGACCAAAUCGCUCAGCAGCUGGGCCUCACCAACGCGCAAGUCAUCACCUGGUUCCAGAAUCGGCGCGCUAAGCUCAAGCGGGACCUGGAGGAGAUGAAGGCCGACGUAGAGUCCGCCAAGAAACUGGGCCCCAGCGGGCAGAUGGACAUCGUGGCGCUGGCUGAACUCGAGCAGAACUCGGAGGCCACAGCCGGUGGUGGCGGCGGCUGCGGCAGGGCCAAGUCGAGGCCCGGCUCUCCGGUCCUCCCCCCAAGCGCCCCGCAGGCCCCGGGCGCUGGCCCCCUGCAGCUCUCGCCUGCCUCUCCGCUCACGGACCAGCCGGCCAGCAGCCAGGACUGCUCGGAGGACGAGGAAGACGAAGAGAUCGACGUGGACGAUUGAGCGGCGCCCCGGGUCUUCCGCCGCCCUGGGCUUCUAGCCCUCGAAAGCCCAACACCUCCCGGACCGGACCGCCAAGGGGAGCUGGGACCUCCUCUGCCAACUCCCGCCUCCUCCCCUGUCCCCGGCUCCGGACUCGGCUCCUGGCAGCCGCCUCUUCCCUCUCGAAGCAAUAAACCCAGGCUGGCCGGCCGGGCCGACCGCCGCCAGCGGCCUCCACCGCCCCGGAAGCCCUCGCGGGGCAAUUCUGUAUGGCUUCUAUAUAAAUAUUUAAACCUAUAUAGCGGGUUCUUCCCACCGCAGCCUGAUUUUUCCUUUCUUUUAUUAUUGUUUUUUUAAAUCUCGGAGAUUUCGAUGUUUUCAAAGCUCUCGGGCUGCCGGGUUUGCUGAGGGCGAGGCAGAAACCAGGGCGGGGAACACUAACCCUGCGGUCUAGAGGAGGGGCAGCUCCGGCUGUUUUGAUUUUUCUCUGCAUGUGGCGAAUGCACCGGCCCGCUCCUUCCUCGCCUCCCUCGGCCUUAUUGCAGUUGACUUCUAUUUCCUCCUGCCUUUUUUCCUCAUGUGGGAAGGGAAGAGGUGGGCAGCCGGGUCCUGACUUGCAAGUUUCAAAAUCGAUCUUUCCUCCCCACCCUCUGAGAGAAAAGUCUGUUUUCGAUGCCAUUUCUGCCUCCUAAUGCCCACUAAUGCUGUUUUUAAGAUUCCUCCCUCCGUCCCGCAUUUCCUCGGACUGACUGUUGGAGUCCGGCUCUUAGGGACAAUGUAGGGGGAAAUCCAACCAACCAACCAUCGAAAACAGAACCCAAAGCCCUAUAAUUAUUUUGUACUCUUUUUAGAAUUUUUUUGCAUGUGACAGAGACAGAGAGGAGGCCGACCCAAGCCCUCACCUCACCUCCUCCACAGCUCUGGGUCUCUCUUGCCACCUUGAACACCCCACUCCUACCCGACUUGGCCAGAGGAGGGUGGCUGGAUGUGAGUGGGCUGCGAGUGCCCCUUCCCUGCUCCUCCCUUCCCUUCU